AAAUCCCUAAUAAAAUAAAUCGUGGUGAAGUCAAACAUCUUGCAGAUACCUCAGGGUCAGAUAAAACAGAAAGAACAACAAAGAGGUCCAGAGUGUCAACCAUAAGGCGGAUAUUUGACAUGGCAAAGCAUCGAACAAAGAGGUCACCUUUCUUCCCAACUGGUGUGAAAGUUUGCCCGCAAGAAUCAGUAAAGCAGAUACUAGCAAGUCACCAAGCUUACUAUAGAUUACGAGUCUGCCAGGAAGCUGUGUGGGAAGCCUUUCGUAUUUUUCUGGAUCGGAUUCCUGAUACUUAUGAAUAUCAGAACUGGGUUACUGCCUGCCAGAGGGAAACCUUCUGCAUCUUUGACAUUGGCAAAAACUUCAGCAAUUCCCAAGAGCAUCUGGAAAUAAUCCAGCGGCGAGUAAAACAUAGAACCUUCCAGGAAAGGAAAGAUGAAAUAUCCACAGAGAAAACAGGCGGCAAAAAGCUGGAAGACAUUCCUUCCAUUUCUACAGGCUCCCCCGGCGCCUCCCUCUCUCCCUACGCACCAGUUCCCAACGGGACGCUGCUCAAUGAAAUCGUCAACGACACAAAGACUCCCGUGAAGGAGCUGGGAACAAACACAGUUCCAGAACUGCCCGUGGAGCAAAUGGUGGAGUUCAGUGUCACCCUUACAGAUCAGGAGUACACGCCGGAGCUGAAUGACCCUGAGUCCCCGCAGUACCGGCAGCUCGCGGCCAAGUUUCAGCUCCAGAUGCAAAAAAUAUUUGAGAAACUUCCAGGAUUCAAAGAAAUCCAUGUAUUAGGAUUUAAACAGAAGAAGGAAAAAGAUGGAUCAAGCAGCACUAUAGCACGAUACGUGGUAAACUUUGAGAGAGAUGGCUCAGACAUCAAAAGCCCAGCAGAUGACCUCACAACCAUUGGCUCUAACAAGGUUGAAAAUGAAAAAACUCCACUCUCUCCAAAGGACGAGAAGGAGGUAGCUGCAACUAAACUCACAGUAACCGAUCUUCAGCAGCUGGUUGCCACCGCGCUCCAUGAGGACAGGUCCCUGCCAGUGGACCUCGGAACACUUCAGUUUACUGAUGAAUCUAUUAAACCACCUAGUGAUUCUGAUAAUGAUAUCCAGUCCAUGGUCACUAUUCCUCUAGCUACCCCUGAGCUGGAGGACUCCAUGAGUGUUGAACUCCCGCUACCUUAUCCCAGCCCAGCACCAGUGGACCAAACAGGAGACACCUCAGUCGGUGAAUUUGCAACUGAAACCCCUGUGCUAAGUGGAGAAAUCAGGGUCCCUGAAGACUUUAAUAAUUUUGUUUCAUCUGAAACUGCAUUUCCUACCAAACCUUCUCGAGAACUGUCUCGAGAGAGACUUUCUACAAGCAUAGAAGAUACCACUGUUGACCAACAAAGUUUCACAGUGCCUUUCAGUGCUCUGGGUAGCACGCACAGUCCUCCAAAGGAAGAAGAUUCCUAUUUGCUUCCUUCAGCAGAUGAGUACACCAGCAAUGAAUUAAUCACUGAUGACUUGGAGUCCCCAACAGAGCAGGCCGUCACGCUGGCACUUUAUACCACAGGUAGCUUUACCCCAAUUACUUUCCUGGAAGCUAGUGAUGAGAAGAGUGAAGCAGAGAGGGAGAAAGAGCUGACUGGAAUAACAGAACGACCUUUCAAGGAAGCCGACCAAGAUGAUCUGACUGGACAAGCAGUUAAGAUCAUGGAUCUACCAGAAUCCUCGGGCGAUGGCAUUUUGGUUACAGCCAGCACUUACCUUCACACAAAAACGUUGCCUUUCUUUAUCGGCGAGUGGGAUGGCAUCGGCGAGAUGAGCACGGCGGCCCUGGAGGAAGCGGAGCAUGGCAGCGGGUACAUCUCGGUGCUGAGAACGAGCCCUGCAGAAGCCACCCCGGCUCCUUCGCUGAAGUAUGUAACUACCAGCUCCAUGACAACUGCAGCCAAAGGCAAAGAGCUAGUGGUUUUCUUCAGCCUGAGGGUAACCAACAUGCACUUUUCCGAUGACCUCUUCAACAGGAGCUCUUCAGAAUACAAAGCGCUAGAACAACAGUUCAUGCAGUUGCUACUUCCAUACCUUCAGUCCAACCUUACAGGUUUUAAACAACUUGAAAUACUUAACUUCAGGAAUGGAAGUGUGAUUGUCAACAGUAAAAUGAAAUUUGCCAGAACAGUGCCAUACAACAUCACAGAAGCAGUACACUGUGUUUUGGAAGAUUUCUGCGAUGCUGCAGCCGAACGCCUCAAUUUGGAGAUUGACAGCUAUUCCCUGGACAUUGAGCCGGCUGACCAGGCAGAUCCGUGCAAAUUCAUGGCCUGCGACGAGUUUUCAGAGUGCGUCACCAACGAGUGGAGCCGGGAGGCCGACUGCCUGUGCAAGCCGGGCUACGCGAGCCGCGACGGCCUCCCCUGCCGCAGCCUGUGCGAGAUGGAGCCGCCGCUCUGCGUCAACGGCGGCAAGUGCGAGCUGGUGCCAGGGAGAGGAGCUGUCUGCAGGUCACCAGACCAGUUUACAGAGCCAAGAGUAACACGCUGA